AUGGUCGAAGAUCCUCACGAAUCGGACUCAGCUCCUUCUGACGACGAGAACGAUGCAGACUACCUGGAUCACUCCGAGACAGAAGACGCUAGCGAGAGCUUACACCCAUCUAAGCGUCGUCGUAGAAGUCCAGGCGACGCUUCGUCGGCCACUCAAGAAGUGCCCAAAACGUUGUCUUCAGAGUCCCCGCUCGCUGAUCAACCUGAGUCAAUACCAGAAAACCCGAGUCCAGAGAGUGAAUCAAUUCCUAUCCAGGGUUUCCUCCGAUUACGAACUAAGGGAACCGAGUUUGUACUCAGCCAUGGCGUAGCUCAGGGUUAUGAUCUUCCGACCGAAAAGGAACAAAUUCGUUACUUUACCGUAGUACCAGCUAAUCUAUUCUCCUUACCACAUGUCUCUCCAUCUAUCACAUCUACUCUUACUACAAAUGAUCUACCUUCCUUGGAUACUCUUCUCCAGGAAUACCACACAUUUCAAACUCAGAACUCUGUGUCAUAUACUGUGAAUGACAGUCAGCAUAUCUCUGAAAUUACUCCAUGGUUGCGAACCACUGGUAUUCAUGUUCACCUUACUAGAUUAGAUCUAGAAACGGUAGGAGAUCUUUAUCGACUUCCUAAUCAUGAUGAGACAAGAUUAGAUCUCAUCUGCGCCAGCGUGGACCGAAUCUGGAGACAGACAGAACAGCUACUACAUCACAACCCUGUUAGUGACAUCCCACGGCUAAGUCGCUACAAUGCUCGACUUCUCAAUACCUUUACGCGAGGAGAGAUCUCGCAGAAUCCUAUCCAGCCUCUCCAGAAUCCUCAGAGUCGCUCUCGGUACAUUCAGACCUGGCAGAGUCACCAACAAGAAUUAGAGCAGAAUAAUGAUGAGGCUCUCCAUCAACUCCAGCAGGAGAUGGAUAAACAAACCCUUGCAUUUUGCCUUGAGAUUAUCCAACAGUCAGUCUCUUUGCGAGCCUUUAACUCUAUCCUGGUCUCCUUUGCAGCACUUUUAUUCUGGAUACCAGAUAAGAAACAGUGGAUGACAAUCUGGAUCCUAGCCCUUUCUAUCCUAGAACAACAGAACCAUCCUACUCAGGAUCUUGGAGAUAUUAUUAUUAGACACCGCGAUCGAUGGCUACUCAAUGAUACCAAGGGACCCGUGGCGGAGCUACUGGAGAAUCGACUGUAUGCAUUCCGGAUUGCAAUGAGUGAGGUCCCCCCUGCUCAAGUACGAUGGGAUCGAGAGGGCCAAGUCAUUACAUUCCAAGAUGUAAGUCUGUCCUUGUUGGAACUCUCUCGACUGAUCCGCGAGGGCAUCUCUACCGCGCAGGCCAUCUUCGAGCAAGAGUUGUGUUUAUCCGGCCCAGCACGGCCGGCUACUGAGAUCCCUCAAUUUGAUCUUAGUAAUCUGAUGGAUAACUGGGAUGCUACACAAGCUGGUGCAUCCUUUCUCACAGAUUCUCGCAAUCAUGCCUACGUAGUACCCUAUCAGGACUGGCUCUUCCGUCGAGUCAGUCAGGAUGCAGUUCUGUUUCCAAUCUUUUGGGAGUUGGGUGUUGAUCAGACCUGGCGGAUCUCACCCAAGAUGGUAGAACAGUACGAAGCAACUAUCCAGCGAUUCCUAGAGGCUUUACUCGUCCCCUUCUUUAUUGGAUCUGGCCAGCAAGCGCGACGCACUGAGUUCCUAGGAAUUCGAUGGCGCAACACCCUCCUGCAUACUCGCGAUCUCUUCCUCCAUGAUGGUCAAAUGCUCUUUAUUCUGGAUUAUCAUAAGAGUCGUCAUCGUACUAAUGCCUCUCGAUGGCCCGCCCGGUUUCUUCUCCCAGAAGUAGGACACUUAGUUACGCAGUUUCUCAUCUUAAUUAUGCCCUUCCGACAGUGGUUACAGCACCAGGUGCAAACUAUGCAUUCUUCCACAUCCACUCCACUCUGUGACUACCUCUGGGCCUCUACGACAAAGCCUUGGUCUGAUAAUCAUCUUACGUGGACCGUGAUCCGGACUGGAGAGCAGAUCCUUGGUAAGAAGAUUCAUAUUCGAGCCUGGCGCCAGAUCACUGUUGGGAUUGCCAUUAAGAAGUUUAGAACUCUUGCGUCACAGUUUAUUGAGGAUUCUCUUGAUAAUGAAGAUGACCUUAUAGAGGAUCACAAUGGCAGUAUGGCUGCGGUAUUCCAUUAUCAGGCUGCACAUACACCUCAUACUGGGAAUCCGAUCUAUGGAGGGACCAUCAAUUUUCGAGCCGGUCUCACCGAUGCUGGUCUUCAAGAAUUCCGCCAAGCUAGCGAGAUCUGGCAUCAAUUAAUCAAACAGCCCUCGCAGUACUCUACACCUAGCUUAUUAAAAAGACGACUGCCUGCUGUAUUCACUCAGUCCUUGCAACCAGCCAACGUCAAUAUAGAGUGGGAAUGGGAUGAGAGUCCUUCCAAGCGAGUGCGGAGUGAGGCAACUGAGUCCACACUAGUUCAACGAUUUCAUCGUUGCCACGAACCACGACAGAGUCAACAGCGCUGGACUAUGGAGCAGGCGCAGACCAUUCUAAAGCGCAUGUAUGGACCAGAAGCGCAGUAUCGAACCAGUAAUCAGCAACAAGCCUUGCAACGACUGCCUGCUGUAUUCACUCAGUCCUUGCAACCAGCCAACGUCAAUAUAGAGUGGGAAUGGGAUGAGAGUCCUUCCAAGCGAGUGCGGAGUGAGGCAACUGAGUCCACACUAGUUCAACGAUUUCAUCGUUGCCACGAACCACGACAGAGUCAACAGCGCUGGACUAUGGAGCAGGCGCAGACCAUUCUAAAGCGCAUGUAUGGACCAGAAGCGCAGUAUCGAACCAGUAAUCAGCAACAAGCCUUGCAGUAUAUCAUCCAGGGUUUUAGUCAAGUGGUUGCAGUUCUUCGGACAAAUGAGGGCAAGAGCCUACUCUAUCUUCUGCCCUGCCAGCUUCCUGGUGCACGAACAACCGUGGUAGUGCUCCCUUUAUUGGUCCUCAAGCAGGACAUGCUCCUUCGAUGUCAGAAUGCUGGAAUUAAGGUGACCAUCUGGAAUCAGCAGGAUGAAUCCAGGCACCUUGGAUCGAGUCCACUGAUCCUAGUAAGCGCUGAGCAGGCAGUACAUAUCAACUUCCGAACCUUUCUUCUUCGGCUACAGCUUGCCAAUCAACUUGAUCGUGUUGUAUUUGAUGAGUGUCAUCUGACUCUGACCGCCUCUUCUUACCGCAAGGGACUGGCCUUGCUUCCUACGUUACGCGAUAUUCAGUGUCAGAUGGUCUUCCUCACUGGCACGCUACCACCAGUCAUGAUGGCAGAAUUUGAGCAAACCAUGCUACUCUCUCAGGCACGAUUGAUCCGUAGCCUCACCACUCGCCGUGAUCUAUCCUAUCAGGUCGUUUCCUGCCCUAUGGAUCAGGACUUCUUCAAGUUUGCAAUUCCUUGGAUCCAGCAAGAGCGUACCCAACUAGACUCUCAAGAGCGUGCAAUUCUCUACUGCCAAACCCAAGCGAUUACAGAGAAAGUGGCUACGAUUCUUGCAUGUCCCUUCUACCAUGCUGAUUCUGGGACUCGUGAAGAGAAGGCGCAAACCCUCGAGACGUGGCGUAAUGGAAAUCCAAAUUGGAUUGUUGCCACUUCUGCCUUUGGAAUGGGAAUUGAUCAUCCACGAGUCCGCCUUGUUAUCCAUCUUGGAGCUCCAUCCAGUCUCAUUGAGUUUACGCAGGAGGUAGGCCGCAUAGGACGUGACCAACAGGGCGGUCGUUCUAUUACCUUACUCCCUCCCUCAUGGAGUAUUACCAAGUCGAGCCGACCAGGCCAUAUGAUCUCGUCUGAUGUACAGGCUAUGCAUGCUGUUUUAGAUCAGCCGAACUGUCGAGUCGCUGCGAUGAGCUCCUUCCUCGAUGGGGCUGCAGUGGCCUGCAGCGCGCCUGAUCCUCUCUGUGAUCAAUGUCGCUUCCGUCAAGAGAAUCCUGAAUCUUCUUCGACUGAUCCUACUACGACCUGCUCGCCUAAUCCAGAGGAGAACGUCGACUGCGAUCUGACUAUUGGGUCUCAGAUGCGAAUCCAGCAGAUCCAGCAGGAGAGCCAGCAAUUACAGCAGUAUGAGGAUUCCCUCCAGGCGCUCCGUGGCACCUGCGUGAUCUGCCGUAUCCUACCAUCAUCAUCUGCCGACACGAAAAAGCAUUCCUUUAUCAAGUGUUGGAAUCCUCGUCGACAGGACUUUCUUGAGUCAAAAAAGAGGGCACAGCAGGAAGGAAAGCGGUUUCAAGGCUGGAUGCAGCGAUAUGCCGGGUGCUUUCGUUGUUAUAAUCCACAAGCGGUGUGCAGUCAACAGGGCCAGGGAACCUGCCUCUAUCCUGAUCUCGUCAUGCAAGCUUGCUGGGCGAUCUAUCAGAUCAAGGCCUGGACAGAAGGCUUGCUGCCUGGUCUUGGUGGUGAGCACGUACAAUCCAACGAGGCAGCAUAUAUGCUUUGGCUAGGGCAGAAGCGAGCGACAUUUGGGGUUGAAGGAUUGAAUGCUGCCUGGGUGGCUUAUCAUGUAUUCCAACAGCUUCUAACCAAAAUAGGUAAUUGGUUUUAG